ACUUAAAUCCCUCGGAUGACGAGAAUUUGCACAAAAAUCAUGAAAAUUCGCCCUCAACGGCGCUCAUGUAUAAAUUAAAUCAUGCCAAGAAGCAUAACCAAAAUAAUCAGAAUAAUAACAAAAGGAAAGAAAUUGAAUUAGAUGAUGACUUGGAGGAUGAAAGUGAUGUGAAAAACGAUAAUAAUAAUUAUAAAAGUCAUAAAUACAUAUCACAGCAAAAAGAAAUAACUACAGUUAAUGGUGAUGACAGUAAUUGUGUAAGGAAUAGUGUAAAUAGUGAGGACUUGGAUAAUCAUCACGAACAAUAUAAUCAACAUAAUAAUUUAAUAAACAAUAAUCAUCAUCAUAAAAAGGAAUCUGGUCGUUUAUCUCCCGUCGAGUCGCAUCACAGCUUCUCGAGCGAAAGUGAACUCGUUAAGGGCGUCGCACAAAAUAAUGAACUAAAAUCGAGUCACGACGACAUCAAUCAAGUUUCGUAUUCGCCAUCGCAACAAUCGGCGGGCCAGCAACCUCCUUACCUUCAAAUGCAACAAUUCCUUCAGCAGCAUAUCUUCUCGUCGAACCAACUGGAGCAACUUGUGCGAAGUCAUUCCUACUAUUUGCAGCAAUUGCAGCAGCAACAAAAAAAGCCAACAUCUCCGACUUCGCAAACUGCUCCUCCUCCUCCGACAACUCCCACGCAUCCGAUGCACGGCAAAGGCUUGGAACAAAUCAUGACGUCACUCCAAGAGCAAAUCCAACUAAAUUUACUGCAACAAUCGAACUUUUUGAAUGCCCAAAAGCUCGGAGGACCUGCCGCGAAAAAGGAGAUUCAACAAAACGCGUUGCUUCAGCAACAGCAUCAAGAGUUACUGCAACAAAUGCAAAUGGUACAACGACAAUACAUGAUGCAUCAAGGUUUAAACUUACCGCUUGGCGCGCAAUCCAGACAGGAUUUCAGCUUUCCGAAUCACAAUCAGAAACCGCCUCCCACGAGUUUGAUGCCCGAGAAGAGUUUGCGACAACAAACCACCGAUCACUAUCACGAGUCUCAAGCGAAUCCCGAAUUUCCAAACAACGAUAAAAUUGGGCAUUUGGUGAAGCAGAUACUGCUUGGGAAGAAUAUCGAGCUUGCACAUAUGCUGAAUGGCGUGAAUCAUUCGCCAAUUUUGAAUGGAAACCCCGCGAUGAUGGAUGAGGUUGAUUCGUCGAUUCAUCCGUUGUUUGGAAGCACAGGCGAGGGACAUGGAACAUGCAAAUGGCCCAGUUGUGAAGUAGCUUUUGAUGAUUUUGCGACUUUUAUGCGCCACUUGAACAGCGAUCACUUGAUGGACGAAUGCUCCGAGGCGCAAAUCCGUGUUCAAAUGCAAGUCGUUGUUCAACUCGAGGUACAGCUAAAGAAGGAAAAGGAUCGUUUACAAGCCAUGAUUCAACAUCUCCAGAUCUCACGACAAAAAGCCUUCGAACAGAACGAACUGAAGCAACAUCAAGAAAACGAGCAACGCAAAAAAGAAAACGAACGUUUAUCGAAGAAAAACGCAGAAUUUCGCGAAAAUCACAUUUCAUCGAAACUUUCGCCGCCCGCAUCGCCUGUUCCGAGUUUUGGGCCCGUGCGACGACGAAUUAGCGACAAAUCGGCAAUGUCACUCUCUGGAGGACUCCCUUACAUGCUAGAAAGAGCUGGAUUGGAUGUCCAACAAGAAAUUCAACGAAAUCGAGAAUUUUACAAAAAUGCUGAUGUGAGACCUCCUUUUACGUACGCUUCGCUCAUCAGACAGGCGAUAAUUGAGUCACCCGAUAAACAAUUGACCCUUAACGAAAUUUAUAAUUGGUUUCAAAAUACAUUUUGUUACUUUAGACGCAAUGCCGCUACUUGGAAGAAUGCAAUUCGAACAAACCUUUCGCUGCAUAAAUGUUUUGUGAGAUAUGAAGAUGAUUUCGGAUCCUUUUGGAUGGUAGACGAUAAUGAAUUUUGUAAGCGACGCCAUUUGAGUCGAGGUCGACCCCGUAAAUACGAACCGAAUGCCGAUGGACAACAGCCACCAUCACCAUCGGAUAAUCCGUAUUAUCCUCCCACGAAUAAUGUGAACUCACAAAAUCCUCCAUCUGGCGCGAAUCCAAUGGCAAACAUGUAUCCGGAUAAUUUGCCAAUGAAUUUUCAAAACUUCUGGUCAUGCCCAUCAAACGUCUUGGAUGAAAAUAUUCCGUACGGAAUGAAUUUCCACGGAGGACGAUCUGAUCGUUACGAAUGCGAAUCUCAGAAUUCUUCGCCACGAUCUGCUUCACGGAAUAGUCAAAGAAAAUUUUCUCGAGCUUCAACGAAUUCCACGAAAAAUCAUCAUCACAGUCAUCAUCAUAAUCACGCGGCAAGCGAUGUCGACAUGUCUGACAUCGGAACGCCUCACAAUCAUCAUCCCACAAUAAAGCAGGAGGCGAAUCAGGAGAAUUAUGACAGCAACGACGAACGGGAACACGAAGGAGAUCCUGCCGUAGACUUGUCAACGCAAAAUUAGACUUUAGCAGAUGCAAAAACUUAAACGUGUGUUCCUUGUUAAUCCCCAACUUGAAGAAAAAAAUUAAAAAAAGCUUACAUCCCGAUGUUUAAAUUUCUCCUCUCCAACAUAUAUAUCAGUCAUCAGUGUAAAAAAAAAUAAAAUAUUGAAAAAUUUUGCAUCCCAGUAAUGGACAAAGAGGAUUCUUUGAA